AGACUCAAGUAUUCGGCACCUAACUAUACUUGUUCUCAUUCUCUCUGCCAACACACACAUACACACACUCACAUCUCUCUCUCUCUCUCUCUCUCCUUAUCCCUUCUGUGUAGGCGAUCAUCGAUCAAUAUUAAAACUUGAAGCAUGGAAGUUUUAAAUAUGAGAGAUAAAGUAGAAAAUGAACAAAGUUACAUGAAGAAGCAAGAAGCAAUACUACAAGAAAGCAUCCAGACUUCAUCUCCACCACCAACGGCCACCUCAUCUCCACCAUCAGCAUCGGCAUCUCCAACCCAUGAAUUCUCCUUCACCAUCUCCCUCCAUCCGCAUCCAACACAAAAAUCGCAACAAGAUGGUUAUAACUCCGGCAACUAUGAUGAUAAUAACCACCGUAAACAUGGUAACACCACAACACCACCAUCGGAACCAUUGACUGCUAUUGACCUUUCUCCGGCGGAUGAUAUCUUCUUCCAUGGCCACCUCCUUCCUCUCCAUCUCCUGUCUCAUCUUCCCAUAUCCCCUCGUACAUCGACAACUUCAAUGGAUAGUUUUACCCUCCCAACGAAGGACAUCCUAAAGGACCAACAUAACCCCAUUGGAAACACUAGUUUCCAUUAUCACCACCGGAACACCUUCUCAGAGUUCAACUUGACCAGCAACAAUGUCAAUCAAAUCAGACCAAAGUCCAAAUCUUUCUCGUUGUUUGGCCGUAACAAAGGAAAAAAAGGAUGCGCUGAUGAAAGAGAAAGAGAUCACGAAGACCAAGAUAAAGAAAGAAACAACAGUAAUUCCAAGAAGAAGCUGAAAUUAGAGGUGGCUCAACUUAUCAAGAGGUACAUGAAAAUGGUAAGGCCAUUGUUGUCGUUUCCGAAGGCGAAGAGGUCAAAUAAUGAAUUUAACCGGCAGCCACAUUCGUUUUCCGGCAACUUGGUGAGCUCCAAAAGCAGUUUGCCGCUCCAAGUGACUAGAGGUGGUGGGAGGAGAGGGGAGUUCUCAGCCCCAGCGUCAAUGAGAACUUCUCCGGCAAAUAGUGGAAUACUUCUUGCUUCAGGAACUGUGAGCCCAGCCAAAAGCACAUCGAGUGAUAGCACCAUGGAAGAGUUACAUGCUGCCAUUCAAGCUGUUAUUGCUCAUUGUAAGAAUUCCAUUGCCAUGGAAGACAAAAUUCAAGCAUAAAACAAAGUAUAUGAAAACUUUUAGGCGGAAAUUCAAAUAUUUCUUCCUUUUUUGGUCAUAUUUUACAGUAUAAUCGAUCUUCUUAAUUGGUGUAUAUAAUAAUUCUGUGAUAGAUUUCUUAUGUAUAUUUUAUCUAUAAUUUAAAAAGCAUCAUUUACAA